ACAAGUUCCUCAAACCACAGAGGUCACAUGGGCUCUUUCUGCUUUGCUACUUUUGAUUACUUGUCAGAGUUGUACUUUUAGCUUCCCCCAUCCUGCAAGGCCACUCAACCAUGUGCUAGCUGGAGUGAUCUUUAUUCACAAUGUCUUUACAAAGGCUCCUGCAACACAGCAGCAAUGGCAAUUUGGCGGACUUCUGCGCUGGGCCAGCGUAUAGCUCUUACUCCACACUCACAGGCAGCCUUACAAUGGACGAUAAUAGAAGGAUUCAAAUGCUAGCAGACACGGUGGCUACUCUGCCUCGGGGACGAAAGCAGCUUGCUUUGACCAGAUCAAGUUCUUUAAGUGACUUUUCCUGGUCUCAAAGAAAGCUUGUUACUGUGGAGAAGCAGGAUAAUGAAACAUUUGGAUUUGAAAUUCAGUCUUACAGGCCCCAGAAUCAGAAUGCCUGCUCCUCGGAAAUGUUCACUUUGAUAUGCAAAAUACAGGAGGACAGCCCAGCUCACUGUGCUGGCCUGCAAGCUGGUGAUGUCCUUGCAAAUAUCAAUGGUGUGAGCACAGAAGGUUUUACCUACAAACAAGUCGUUGACCUGAUCAGAUCGUCCGGAAACCUGCUAACGAUAGAGACUCUUAAUGGAACAAUGAUUCUGAAAAGAACGGAGCUUGAAGCAAAGCUGCAGGUUUUAAAGCAAACCUUGAAACAAAAAUGGGUGGAGUACAGAUCUCUGCAGUUACAGGAACAUCGUCUGCUUCAUGGUGAUGCAGCUAAUUGCCCCAGUUUGGAAAACAUGGACUUGGAUGAAUUGUCUUUGUUUGGACCCCUGCCUGGGCCAGGCCCAGCCCUUGUGGACCGGAAUCGAUUAUCCAGUGAGAGCAGCUGUAAGAGCUGGCUGAGCUCCAUGACGAUGGACAGUGAAGAUGGCUACCAGACGUGUGUGUCUGAGGACUCCAGCAGGGGUGCCUUCAGUCGGCAGACGAGCACAGAUGAUGAGUGCUUUAUCCCCAAGGAGGGGGAUGAUUUUCUGAGGAGGUCAUCUUCAAGGAGGAACCGGAGCAUCAGUAACACCAGCAGCGGAUCCAUGUCUCCCUUGUGGGAGGGCAACUUAUCAAGCAUGUUUGGGACCCUGCCCCGGAAGAGCAGAAAGGGAAGUGUCCGAAAGCAACUCUUGAAAUUUAUCCCUGGCCUUCAUCGUGCUGUGGAAGAGGAAGAAAGUCGCUUUUGACGGAUUGUGGUGUCCUUUCAAAUUAGCUUAUUUCACAAAUAUCUCUAGACUCACCCGGAUCCCAGCUUGGUGGGAAAGUGCAGAAGAAUUGCAAAACUGACAUCCCAUUUCACAGCAAUAGUGACCUUUAUUUAAAUUGUUGUGUUAUAGUUUUUGCUUCUUAAAUCAUUUUUCAACCUAAACAGCCAAUUUCUAAGCAGACAGGAAAACUAAAUAAUAAGUUAAUUAAUAUAACAAAAAUGCAGGUGCCUGCUCAUUCCAGUACUGUCUUUGAAAGCAAAACUAAUAUUUAUUUUCUAGAUUAUCCCUGUGAAUAAUUGAGAACUUUUUGGAGUCAAGUAUGAAUAAAGGUGUGGCAGAAUAUAAUAAUCUGGACUGUUUUCUAUAGGAUAAUUGCUGGGUUAUAAAAUCUUAGGUUUGCUUAUGCCCAGUAGCUCCUGGGGAGGCUUAAUAAUAGGCAAUUUUGAAUUUGUUCAAACCUGUAAUGGCUUGUAAACAAAGAUGACCAUCAGCUGUUUCUCACAUCUAUAGUGACAAUAAAGCGGGAAGUAUAAGAUUUAAUAGGAGGGGUUAAGGUUCAUGAGAACUAUGGAAAGAUGUGGUCUGAGAUGGGUGCUGCAAAGAUCAUAAUAAAGUCAUUUUUAUACACAGUCUAAACAAAAUGGGUGGGGAUGUCAUGUUUUUUGCCCAAUUCAACUUUUGUUCUGCCUGAACAUUAAUGGCAAGUCUAGAACUCUCCGAAUCCUACAGCUUUGUAAUUUUUUUUCUACAAAUGUCUAACAUCCAAAACGUGAGGGUUGGGAAAAGGACUUUCCUCCUGUAGUUUUUUUCGUAUUACUUCUCACUUUAUAUCGUAUAUUCUAAAUAGCUGUCACCUCAGCAGUCUUUUGCCUAUUGGUUAUGUUAGUAUCACAUUACUUCUAGCCUUUCAAUUACUCCAUGUUUUAUUUAAUAUCCAUUAAAGUCUAUGAAUUCUCUGUUCUGGUGGCACAGCUAUUCAUAACCUAUAUUCUAGAGUAGACAAUCUGGACUAUGUAAUAAAUAGUCUGCUGAUUUUAAGUUCUCUCUCUCUCUCUCUGUCUCUUUCUCUCUCUCUCUCUCUGUGCGUGUGUGUGUGUGUGUUUGGGAGAAAUAGAAACACUUCACUUUAAGUAGAGCUGCUAAAUUUAAUUAAACUUCUGGUUAAGAAAUGAGUUAUUUUGAGAUAAAAGAGGGUAGGGUAAGGAAGCAUCUAAGAUAAGAAAGAAAUGAUAAAUUAUGAAAAGAUUUCUAGUUGGGACUUGCCUUCUAUUAACUCUUUGAACUGAGAAACAUCCAGUGGCCUGUGCAUGACAGUCACUCAUAUGAAAGGCAGGGUGUCACACUUUUCACAGAAAUGAUAGCAAUACUGUCUACCAUUUACUGAGUACCUAGUUGGCUAAAGACGCUUUACGUAUGAUCCUCACAAUUACUAUAUAGUAGGUGUUAGGCAUACAGAUAACAAGUCAGGAAUUUGGAAAUGUUCUCAGGGUCACAAGGCUAGUCAGUGGCAGGGCUAAAAUUGGAAGCCAGUUCUUCCUUGCUCUAGUCUAUUCCAGAUAUCUUUUACUCUUUUUGUUCUGUUUAGUGAUCAUCACAGUACUUUUUAUUCCACCCAACAGGAAUACUUAAAAUGUACAAUUAUAGAUGCUGCACAGAUAAGUGCAUUUCUUUGGGUAAAUAGGAAAACAAACAUUUCUCUGUUCCUCAUACACAAGUUUCAGACAUAGGUUCUUUAAUAACUACAUGAUUAGCCGUGCAUUUAUUUUCAACAAGAGCUUGCAAACCAGUUAUGAUUCAACUGGUAUUGCUUAUUUCUCAUCAUAGUCUAGAAUCAUCCUGUUAAAGGUCUACUUAUAUGAAUUCAGCAUUUCUUGUUAUCCUAUUUCACAAAGUCCAGGGGAAGGAAACACCACAUUUAUUUGAGGAAAGAUGACUUUGAAAUCUUCUACAAGGUGAAAAAAUGCUUUGAGAACUACAUAGAAUGACAUAGGUCAUACGGGAAAGCAGACCGUAGAUCAUUUGCUUUUCUUGUGACUUUAAUACAGAAGUGUAAUACUGCUGUAUGACAGUAGACCUCAAAUGCAAAAAAGGGGCAAGGAAGGGACAGAGCAAGCAUCACUUUAGUUUGCGGUAAGAAUUAGAGUCGAGGUAUGUUCUGAGAAUAAAGAAAAAAGUACUGGUUAACCAAAGUACAGGAAGGAAGGGUAUGUCAUGUUCUAUAUUUCACAAGCUGUAAGAAAAUUAGCUUUUGUUUAGUAGAAAUGUGGGUAAAUUUCUCACAGUAUAACUUUCAGACUAAUUUAUGACUUCAGUCGGGCUUUAGAAGAAACUUCUGGUGCAUAGUGAUUCACUCUGAUAUAAUUUACUGGAAAAAAAAUUGAAAAGUGUUUUUUUAACUUGAAAGUUCUCAAAUAUGUAUUACUGGUGAAUUCCAUUAAUUGACAACCUGUUAUGAAAAUGCAUUUUUCUAGAAGGGCAUUUGAUAAACCAAAUUUGAAUCACGUAGAUUGGGAAUUACUUUAUCAUGUGGCUGAAGAACACAACCAUGACAAACAGAUUAGUAAUAUAUUUUUGGAAGUGAACUUUUAUUUAUGACUUUCUACUUUGUAAUAAUUUUAUAUCUUAAGUGCAUGAUACAGAUAGCAUUUAAAAUCCCAGUUUGCACUGAAGAGAUCAAACUUGGAAAUAGUAUGUGUGUCUUGAUCACCAAAGUACAGACAUUUUUGAAUGUAUACAUACUAAAAAUAGUAAGUAAUACAUAACUAUAUUGAGCCCCUCAGAUCAUAAAAGUAUUGUUAUUUUAUAUCCAUUUCCUUACAUACCUAUGGGCUACAAAAUCAAAAUUUGAUGCCUUUAUGAAAUAAAGAAUGCUAUUUUUCAGUGUCAGGACUUUCUCUCUCUUUCUCUGUCUCUCUCUCUCUCUCCCUACAUUUCUCUCUACCAUAAAGAAAUAAUUGUCUUAAAAGCAG